CAUGUCCAAGUCCAAUAGAUAGCAACCUUUCGUUUUCCAGUGGCUCUGUCUUCUGCCUCCGUCGACCAAGAAUUGCCCUAUCAAGCUAUCAGCCUCCCUCCCGAGAGUCCAUGGAACCAACACACACAACCAGCAGGAGCCUCUGAGAUUCUCUGAACAGGGACUUAUUCAACAGCCACCGCAUCCACCACCACCACUUUUAACUUCCUCUUCCUGUCAAACCCAUCAAGUGCUCAGCAGUAGCACACCUGCCGGUGCCGCCGUCAUGGUUUAUUCUCUCGCCGCCCAUCCGCACCACGCCCGUUACCCUCCUCCUUGGUUUAGUAUUGCUCCCAUGAUGGAGUGGACUGACAAUCACUAUAGGACGCUGGCCAGGCUCAUUUCGAAGAAUGCGUGGCUCUACACAGAGAUGCUUGCUGCUGAGACCAUUGUCUACCAGAAGGAUAAUCUGGAUAGAUUCUUGGAAUAUUCCCCGGAACAACAUCCUAUUGUUCUUCAAAUUGGUGGGAAUAAUUUGGAAAACCUCGCCAAAGCGACUGAGCUUGCUAACCCUUACAAAUAUGAUGAGAUCAAUUUUAAUUGUGGAUGUCCAAGUCCAAGAGUAGCUGGGCACGGGUGCUUUGGUGCUAGUCUUAUGCUUGAUCCAAAGUUUGUUGCUGAGGCUAUGUCAGUGAUUGCUGCGCACACGGAUGCACCUGUUAGCGUGAAAUGUCGAAUUGGUGUUGAUAAUCAUGAUUCAUAUAACGAGCUCUGUAAGUUUCCUUUUCCUGAUUCUUGUGUUUAUAUAGUUAGCAAACUAGUCAAUAUCAAUAUACUACUCAAUGGAAUUAGCCCAGCUGAAAAUCGAAGUAUUCCGCCUCUUAAAUAUGAGUACUUUUAUGGCCUCUUGCGUGACUUUCCAGACUUGAGAUUUACAAUAAAUGGGGGCAUAAACACCGUUGAGGAGGUCAAUGCAGCAAGAAGGGCAGGAGCUCAUGGUGUAAUGGUUGGACGUGCUGCAUUUAAUAAACCAUGGCAUACUUUGGGACAUGUUGAUACUGUAGUUUAUGGAGCACCAAGCAGUGGUGUAACACGGCGUCAGAUACUGGAGAAGUUUCAAGUGUAUGGAGAUACUGCUGUGGGAAAAUAUGGACGCAAACCAACUGUGCGAGAUGUAGCAAGGCCUUUGAUUGGUCUUUUCCAUUCAGAACCUGGGAAUAGUCAAUGGAAACGCAAGGCUGAUGCUGCUUUCCUGCAUUGCACGACCAUGAAAGAGUUUUUUGAUGAAACGCUUGUAGCGAUUCCUGACUAUGUUCUGGAUAAACCUAUUGGGGAGCCACCAUCAGGCAGUGAAGAUCCUUUUGCGAACAUACACAGUUUGCUGCCUCCGGCGUAUGAAUCAAGGGAACUAGAACUACAAUAUGCUUAGCGGUCUCCAUUCUAACUAUAUACAUCUGGCGGCAAAACCCGUUGUCAAAUUUUUGGAAUGUAACAUGAUUGAUCCCAGGACCCAUUUAACAUGCAUCAUACAUGUCAGUGCAUAGAUAGUCAAAAACAUGUCUUGUAGAGCAGUCGCCUUUGGAUGAUGACUAGCAAUUUGUGUUUUGAUUGCUACAUAUUUUGCUUGUAUACGAAGAACCUCGCUCUUAAACUCGAGCAAUUUGUUCGCUGAUUUGGUAGGAAAAUUCAGUAACUUUCAGACGUCGA